ACACAGAGCACCAGCUCCCUCCUGCUUGAAGAUGUUCCACCAAAUUUGGGCAGCUCUGCUCUACUUCUAUGGCAUUCUCCUUAACUCCAUCUACCAGUGCCCUGAGCACAGUCAACUGACAACUCUGGGAGUGGAUGGAAAAGAGUUCCCAGAGCCCCACCUGGGCCGGUGGUACUUUAUCGCAGGGGCAGCUCCCACCAAGGAGGAGUUGGCAACUUUUGAUCCUGUGGACAACAUUGUCUUCAACAUGGCUGCUGGUUCUGCUCCGAUGCAGCUCCAGCUUCACGCUACCAUCCGCAUGAAAAAUGGGCUCUGUGUGCCCCGGAAAUGGAUCUACCACCUGACUGAAGGGAGCACAGAUCUCAGAACCGAAGGCCGCCCUGACAUGAAGACCAAGCUCUACUCCAGCUCAUGCCCAGGUGGAAUCAUGCUGAAGGAGACAGGCCAAGGCUAUCAGCGCUUUCUCCUCUACAACCGUUCACCACACCCUCCUGAGAAAUGUGUAGAGGAAUUCCAGUCCCUGACCUCCUGCCUGGACUCCAAAGCCUUCUUACUGACUCCCAGGAAUCAAGGUGAGGGGUUAAAGUCUCACAGAAGAGAACUAGGACUCACCAGGUCUUCUGGGGGUGCCGGCUGAAAGAGGCUCAUGUGAUGUCACCAGAGAGCAUGGCCAAAGGCUGACAUCAUCGGAGUGGCUGUGUUGACACCUCCAUUUGUCAUAGGCUUUGAUGGCACCAGAAGGAUGUGACUAAGAACUGUGAUGUCACCUGGGGGAGCCAGAAUGGACUCUAGGCUACUCAAAAGAGGUUGCUGAGUUUGCAGCAGAUAAAGUGGGCAGAGGGUCAGAAAUGGAGGGGAAAGGCCUCAGAGAACCCUUCUUUGACACAGGGAAGUGAAGGAACACAUUCUCCUCCACCCCUUGCUUCUCCCUAGACUUCCUUUCCAUCCUCUUCUUUUUUCCCUUUCCUAUCACAGAGGCCUGCAAACUGUACAGUAACUGACCUGUCACUUCAUCUGCCCCCAGAUGGAUACAGUGGGAGCUGAGUUGUUGAGAGGGGGAGAAGAUGGAGACUUCUGACUCCUUUUCAAGAAUAAUAAAGAUGAUUUUUCAUUCCUCA